GAAGUCCGACUCUCAGACACAAAAGUUCACUGAUAGCUUUGCACUCACCAAUCUCCGAUGUACUUGCAUUUAGAUGGUAGACAAGUGUGACAUCCAAUACAAAUGUGCAGGACAGAGUGAAGACUUGUAAAGACGAUCUAAGAGACCUAAUCUGGCUAUUCAGUCAUGUCUAACGCUGCACGGGAUCUGGACGAGCUGUGCUAUCUCACAGCUCAGUGUAUGACAUCCAUGGUGACUGCAGAGCAUUUUCGAGUACUCAAGAAGCUUGGAGAGGGGUCAUAUGGAAAAGUCAUGCUGGCUGUGCACAAAAAGAGAGGGACACCCAUGGCACUGAAGUUCUUCCCUCGCUGCUCUACGACUCUUCACACUUUUCUACGUGAAUACAACCUCUCCUUGUCCUUCUGCACUCAUCCCUCCCUCACACGUGCUCUUGGAAUCUUUUUCUCUACACCCUCCCACUAUAUCUUUGCCCAGCAGGCUGCUCUGUAUGGAGAUCUCUAUGAUGUCAUUGUGUCAGAUGUGGGGGUGAGCGAAGUGCAGGCUCAGAGUGUGAUGUCCCAAUUAAGCGGUGCUGUGUCUUACCUACACUCCUUGGGCUUUGUGCACCGUGACAUAAAACCAGAGAAUGUCUUCCUUUGUGCCCCAAACUGUCGCUGGGUCAAACUAGGUGACUUUGGUCUAGUACGCCCUCACGGCACCAAAGUACGUGCGGUCUGGUAUGAAUCCCCCUUCUGUGUCCCUGAGGUUGAACAGGCCAAGCAGAAGAAGAAAGAAAUUAGGAAAGAAGGAAACCACCAGGUAGAGGAGGAAAAAGAUAUCUGGAUGCCAGUGGAGCCUAGUUUGGAUAGCUGGGCCCUGGGGAUCCUGACAUACUGCCUGCUCACCCGUUGUUUCCCUUGGGAGGAGAGCACAUCGGAUGACCCAGGUUACUUUCAAUUCUGUAACUGGUUCGAAAAGGUCAAAGAAAAGGAGGACAGGGACAUGGGGCAAAACAGGCAAUUGGACAAAGGAAGGAUCCCUGGAGAGGAGGAGGUAGCAGUAGCCGUACCUUCUCAGUUUGAAUCUUUAAGCACUUUAGCUCUCACUUUGCUCAGGAGACUCCUGCACCCACUGCCCAGGUACCGUGCCAUGCCUGAUGAGGUCCUUUCCUACCUCGGGGGACCCUGGCUUUUAAAAACAGAGAAAGAAGAGAAGAUGAGGCAGCAGGAGGCACAGGAGGAAGCCAGAAAGAUAUUAGGAGGAGGAGGAAUAGAGGAAGACAUAGAGAGGGAAAGAAAAAGGGAGCGAUAGAAAGAAGGAAGCUGUUAUCUAAAAUUGUAUUUUAUACUGAAAAGUGUUUGUAUUUUGGAAUACAGUGUAUAAAGUGAUGUCCUCAAUCUGUGACUGUUAUGAAGUGUUAAGUGUGAGCCAUGCUGAUAUAUUAAUAUGCAUAUCAUUUUAAAUAUGAUUCAGAUGGUUUCGGAAGAGGACUCUACCGAGUUGCCAUAGCAGCUAUUCAGAUAAUGAUACUAAUUUUAUGCAGUAACUAUAAUACGUAUUGUAAACUAUAGGGGGACAUGGCAGCUUACUAGGUAGCAUGACUGCCUCACACCUCCAGGGUUUGGGUCUUGCCUCUGCCCUGUGUGCAUGGAGUUUGUAUGUUCUCCCAGUGAUUCAGGGGUUUCCUCCUGGUACUCUGGUUUCCUCACCCAGUUCAAAUACAUGUUUUGUAGGCUGACUACCAUCUCUAAAUUGUUCGAUGAGUAUGUUUCUGCGAUUGUGCUCCCCACCUGUGUCCCCUGGGAUAGUCUUUAGGCUCCUUAAAAAAAACAGACGGAAAGAUGACCUAAGCAAAUAUCUUGGGUCAAAUUAUUAUAGGUAAUCCAUUUCAUUAAAAAAAAAGCACAAGCAUAAAAGCAAUACAUAGACAUAGCAUAGAAAAUGAAAAAUAUAUUUACAUGAUUAUAUGUUGACUUUUGGAUGUUAUAUGAAUUUCAAAACAAAUAUAACCUCAUGCAUGCUGAAAUUUAGCUGUAAAUAUAUAUAAUCUUAAAAAGUAAGUGACGGUUACACCAAAUUUCAAGCCCACCAGAUAAACAAUAAAAAAAAUAUGACUAUGGCAGAAAACAUACUUGGGAGUCCAGAACUACUGGUGUUAAUAGUGAGGAAUUUACAAGCUUGUUUAACAUGCAAACUGACUCUAAUAAGGUUCCUACUAUAGACACCUGAGAGUUGAGUGCAGCUAACCUAGAAUCAGUGGAGCAAUCAAAGACUGUGUCUAUUUUUAAACAUGAGAUUUUAAGAUGACUGCGAAGUUUGAAAUAGCUAUAUUUAUUUAUAUAUA